AUGAGCUAUUUUAAGAAAAUACUGAAAGCUGCAAAAGCAGUUGAAGAAGGAAAAUGUCUCGACUCCGCCGUCUCAUCUAUGCUUGCGCGAGUAGAGGAGGAGAAGCGAGCACGAGAUGCAGCAGAGGCGGAGAAGAUGUCCUUCUUGGAGGCCUACUCUGAUUCUUCUGAGCAAACAAAACUUGGAGAUGGAAGGCAGAGGAAGCGCGCAAAAGUAACAAUACUAGUAGAGGAAGCUGCCAAAGAACAAAUCAAAAAAGUCAUCGCCUCUCCCUCGCAUUGUGAGCCUACGUAUCGCAAAGAGGCAGACGGGUCAUCAAGAGGAGUACUGAUGGCCGGAGAGUGCGGCAGGGAGGUGUGGAGGGGGAGCAAGCUUCUUAUACAGGAGGCGUCGCUGUCGUGGAGAACUGCUGGCUGCACAGAAAAAGUUGAAGCUUUUGUUCCACAUCCUCCAAUAAUAUUUGCGCCAAAAGGGAAGUGGUACGAGUUGGCGCAGGAGGAUGGACCACCUCCCGGUGAGGCUGCAGACGAGUGGGAAGUUCCGAGUCCGAACUCCUUGCCAGAGGCAGCAGAUUUUGCUGAUAUCAUCUUGCAGACGACCGAUCUGCACUACAUCUUUGGCGACUGUCCCCUCGGAAAACUAGCGGCGUUUUUAUUCUAUACGGAUAGCGGAGGCAGUACGCUGAGCCAAGCUUUGUGGAUUGGCCGUUUUUGUACAGACGGCACAUUGGGCGACGUGGCGAAGAAGUUCGUGUUUUGGAGCGGCCGCUGCCGCAUACACCAGGGCGCGAUCUGCGGCAGAGAAGCAGCUGACAUGCUGCUUACGCUAUCGUCGAUCCGGCCACGCACUUGGGAAAAGCGGACACACCUUGCGGCACUGAUAAUUACUCACUUGCUAUGGCGUACUCGAUUACAGUUAGGACACAAGCACAAGGAGAGUAAACGUGUAACUUCACUCGCAUGA